CGGAAGUACAGAAUUUUUGAAAUUGCAGUUAUUCGUUGAUUUAUCAUAGAGCAGUUCAGCUUUCCUUUGGGUCUACCUCAAAUUUCAACUCUAAAAUAUGUUUCGAACAAAAGUACUUCUAUGUGUAGUUCUGAUUUCAAUGACUCUUGCAAGCUUUGUCGGGGCGCAAGACAAUAGUAUAUGUUACCUUCCGCCGGAAACCGGCCCCUGCAGAGGCCUUUUCUUCCGUUAUUAUUACGAUGACAGUAAUGGAAGAUGUGAACUGUUUAGAUAUGGUGGAUGCCGAGGCAACGCCAACAAUUUUAGAAGCAGGGAAGAAUGUGAAGAUACGUGCGUAGAUUCAAGUAAUUCAUCAGGAUCGUCAGACGACUAUGGUUCAGAUGGAUCUUUCAUAUAGAAUUAAAAGAAUCAAAUCGAACAAAGAACGGAAAAAGUUGUCUUUUUUAAAAUUAUAAUAUGUUCACUAUUAAAAAUAUGAAUUUCAGCAUAUGAGAGUACGACUUUGAAUACAAAAGCUUGAUGAAUGGCGGAUUUUUGGAAUGUUUAUUAUAUUAUAUUAUGAUAUGUUUUGCAAUGUUAUGAUAUUUUGUUACUUUUACAUAUGUUUAAAAAAUUGUUGAAAUAAAUUUGUUGAGCAGUUUU